AUGAACGACAUCAAGCUGGCCCUGCUGGGGAGCCAGGGGGCUGGGAAAUCAGCUGUCCUCGUGCGGUUCCUGACCAGACGCUUCAUUGGUGAAUAUGCCUCAGACACCAACUCCCUGUACCAUAAAAGGCUCUCAAUCGAUGGCAGGCAGCUGAACCUGGAGGUUUUUGACCCUUGCUCUCAGAGCUCAGAGGCCAGGUGUAUACUGGAGGAGCCGGUGGACUGGGCAGAUGGCUUUGUGGUGGUUUACAACAUCAGCGACCGCACUUCCUUCAUCAACGCCAAAAACAUCCUGCAGCAGAUUCGGGAGGCACGCAUGGACAACUGCAAAGGGGAGGUGGAUGUUCCCGUGUGUCUGGUGGGUAACAAGCAGGACCUGUGCCACGUCCGGCAGGUGCGUGAGGACGAAGGCCGCUGCCUGGCUCAGGAGAACCGUUGUCACUUCCAGGAGGUGUCGGCAGCCGAGAGCUACCAGGACAUCGCCAACCUCUUCACACAACUCAUUCGGCAGGUGAUGGAGCACUUGAAGUACCGAGCUGACCGUCGGCGCUACAGCGGCUCAAAGUCUAUGGCCAAGCUCAUCAACAAUGUGUUUGGCAAGAGGAGGAAGUCAGUGUGA